CUGAACGGCUAACGGGGAAGGACGCUCCCUCCCUUCCGGGACGAGGAAACUGGGGAAGCCCAUUGGCUAACGGGGUCGGAAGAGGCUGGAUCCCUUGUCCUGCGAGUGGAGCAUUUUGGGUGUUGUAGUUCAGGGGACGACUGUAGGCUUUUGGAGAAGAAUGUUUGAAACCUUUGGGGACAGACCUGGCGCAGAUUGUCGCGCCGGCUGUGAGUGGGGCUCUGUGCACCCAGAGCCGGGGAGCGCCCGCCAGGUCCAGCGGGAGACCACACAGACAUCCGGAGAGUGCGGGAUGCGUCAGUGCCUGUCCCUCUGCUCACUCCCGAAUCCCUUUGAGAUCCAAGCGUCGGUUGGCUGUACGGUUCUCCCCGGGAACACCUCGCAAAGCUUCUUCCAAGCAGCCUUCCAGGGAGAGGAGAUCCUCAGCUUCCAAGGAUCCGCCUGGGUGCCCGCCCCGGAUGCGCCCGUUUGGGCCAGCAGGGCCUCCAGGAAGCUCAACGAGGACCAGGGCACCCGAAAAACACUGCAGUCGCUCCUCAAUGACACCUGCCCCCAGUUUGUCAGAGACGUCCUGGAGGCAGGGAAGUCGGAUCUGGAGAAGCAAGUGAGGCCAGAGGCCUGGCUGUCCCGUGGCCCCAGUCCCGGUCCCGGCCGUCUGCUGCUGGUGUGCCACGUCUCCGGCUUCUACCCAAAGCCAGUGAGGGCGAUGUGGAUGCGGGGUGAGCAGGAGCAGCCGGGCACCCAGCGAGGCGACCUCCUGCCCCAUGCUGACGAGACGUGGUACCUCCGGGUGACCCUGGACGUGGCAGUACAGGAGGCAGCCGGCCUGUCCUGCCGAGUGAGACACAGCAGCCUGGGAGGCCAGGACUUGGUCCUCUACUGGGAAGAGACCCACUCCUCCUGGGGGCUGAUCGUCAUGGCCGUCAUGGCCGUGCUGGUGGUGUCCCUUGUGAUCGUUGGGUUCCUUCGAUGCUUCAUCAAGAGGCGCUGCUCCUAUCGAAGGGUCUGAGUGCUUACCGCACCCGCUUGUCUGGGACUCAGGACCCCAAUUUCCCAGGAGUCCGCUCAGCAGGUGAGGGCGAGAGAGAGGCGCUGUGAAGAUGUAGACAACUAUCGUGAGGCUGCUCCCAUCACGUCCUUUCGACAUUCUAAGAAGAUUUAAGUUCUUUUCCACUGUCCUGCAAGUUUCCAAACCCAAGUAGUUUUAUAAGAACAGAAGUGCAGACUUCCAGGGACAAGCAGAUACGGGCUGGGGUGAAAGGGCGCGUGUGGUCGUUGUUUGAACGGUGGGGUCUGGAGUGAAUCGGCAAGUGCUUGCUCCCAAAGAAGGAGGGCCAGCCGCUUGUUGUCAAGAAUAGAGGAAGACCCGUGGGACACGUGGGGGGCUCAGUCGGUGAAGCAUCCGGCGUCGGCUCAGGUCAUGAUCUCACAGUGGUUUGUGGGUUCGAGCCCC